CCGCUCCCAGGGUAAGAACCGUUGAGGCUCGCCCACCGGUUGCCAGAAAACCGCUAGGAGUCAGAUCAUGGAGGCAGCGCGCCCUCCGUCGACGGCGGGAAAGUUUGUGGUGGUUGGCGGUGGCAUCGCGGGUGUCACCUGUGCUGAGCAGUUGGCUAUUCACUUUCCAUCAGAAGAUAUUCUCCUGGUAACAGCUUCUCCUGUUAUUAAAGCAGUUACAAAUUUCAAGCAGGUUUCUAAAGUGUUGGAGGAAUUUGAUGUUGAAGAGCAACCGAAUACCAUGUUAGAAAAUCGCUUUCCCAACAUUAAGGUUAUAGAAUCCGGAGUAAAGCAACUGAAGAGUAAAGAACAUUGCAUUUUAACAGGGGAUGGCAGUCAGCAUGUAUAUAAGAAACUCUGUCUGUGUGCUGGAGCUAAGCCAAAGUUGAUAUGUGAAGGAAAUCCUUAUGUAUUAGGAAUCCGUGAUACAGACAGUGCUCAGGAAUUUCAGAAACAGCUUACUAAAGCCAAAAGAAUAAUGAUCAUAGGGAAUGGUGGCAUUGCACUUGAACUAGUGUAUGAAAUUGAAGGCUGUGAAGUCAUUUGGGCCAUUAAAGACAAAGCCAUUGGGAAUACUUUCUUCGAUGCAGGUGCAGCUGAAUUCUUGACUUCAAAGCUCAUUGCUGAAAAACCAGAGGCUAAAAUUGCACAUAAAAGAACCAGAUAUACAACUGAAGGAAGAAAAAAGGAAGCACAAACCAAAGGUAGUGCUGGCAAUAUGGGCAGUGCCUUGGGACCUGAUUGGCAUGAAGGCUUGAAUCUUAAAGGAACAAAAGAGUUUUCUCGUAAGAUUCACAUUGAAACUAUGUGUGAAGUAAAGAAAAUCUACCUUCAGGAAGAAUUUAGAAUUUCGAGGAAAAAGUCCUUGCCUUUUCCGAGAGACCAUCAUAAUCAGCCAGUCACAACUGAUAAAGAGGUAUGGCCUGUAUAUGUGGAAUUGACCAGUGAAAAGAUAUACGGCUGUGAUUUCAUUGUCAGUGCUACAGGAGUUACACCAAAUAUAGAACCUUUUCUCUGUGGCAACAAUUUUGAUCUAGGCGAAGAUGGUGGCCUGAAAGUGGAUGAUCACAUGCACACGUCUCUCUCUGAUAUCUAUGCUGCAGGUGACAUCUGCACUGCAUCAUGGCAGCCCAGCCCAGUGUGGCAGCAGAUGAGGCUGUGGACCCAGGCUAGACAGAUGGGGUGGUACGCAGCCAAGUGCAUGGCCGCAGCUACUUUAGGACAAUCUACUGACAUGGACUUCAGCUUUGAACUUUUUGCUCACGUAACAAAAUUCUUUAACUAUAAGGUUGUAUUGCUGGGAAAAUACAAUGCACAGGGCUUAGGUUCAGAUCAUGAAUUAAUGCUGAGAUGUACCAAAGGACAAGAAUAUGUCAAAGUCGUCAUGCAGAAUGGGCGCAUGAUGGGAGCUGUCUUAAUUGGUGAAACUGAUUUAGAAGAAACAUUUGAAAACUUAAUUUUAAAUCAAAUGGAUCUUUCAUCAUAUGGAGAAGAUCUGCUAGAUCCCAAUAUUGAUUUAGAAGAUUAUUUUGAUUAAUAAAAGCAUUUCAAGAGCUACAUAAUGUUCCAAAUAAUACAAAGUCUCAAUAAGGUAAAAUUUAAUAGAAGUGAUAAUGAUUUCAGUGGCAAAGUUUUAAAAUAUAUUUUUUCUAACUUAAAACCUAGCAUUUAAUGUAAAUUUAAGUUAUUCAUUUCUAAUUUAGCUUUGGGGCAGAUUCAGCUAGGUUGUGAUCUGUUUAGCCAACAACUUGGCCUGGUACACCAGAAUCAUUCUGAUUGAAAUGUUAGAGAGGGCUGUGGUUUCAAGAGGCUGAUAGUUUGGUUUUACUUCUAGAAAUGUAGCAAUAGCUUACUUACUAAUAUCAUUUGUAUUGAUACUUUAUUCCUUUUGCAUUUGGAUUCCACAGCUGUUAAGAGCUGAAAUCACUCCCUGUGUAAUAAGCCUAUAUAAAAUAUUCCACGUGAUAACACUGCUAUCAACAGUUAUGUAAAAAUAAUACGAGUUUAUGUGAACUUUAGUUUACAUUUUUCUCAUUUUAUACUGUCAAUUUUUAUAAAUCAUGAUCUCAAGUGUUCAAGCCUUCAAUAUUAAUGAAAUUGUCUUAAACUACAAAAUAAUGGUGUAUAUGUACAUAAAAUGUUUUCUUGGAAAAUUCAGAAACACUCUUUUCUUAGAUUGCUGAAGCAUGUUUGCAGACUUUUGGAAGUUACCUGAAUUGUUUUCUUUCCUCUUUAUCAGCUCCUUUAGAAUGAUACGUUUGAAGUGAUUCAGUCUACAAACAAAAACAAACACUUUGGUAAAAACUCAGCUGUUGCAUUUUCUCUUCAGAUUAAUAGUCCCCCUGGGUCCUUCUAUAUCGGUUAGCUCUUAAGUGUCAGUGGCCUAGUUUUUUUGUCUUCAAAUAUCUACUCAAAUAUGAGCCCUAUCUUGAAGGGAUAUGUUGUCUGAGAAACCCUAAAUCUAUGGACACAGUGGUACACAGCAUGGUUUCACAGGCUUGAGAGUAUUGGUUCAACCUUUGCUGCGCAGGCAGAUUUCUCAACCAGUGUUGAUCACAACUGGUAUUGUGAACAAGUCCUCUGCCUACUUCAGGAUCUUGAUUAGAUCUCUGCAGUAUGCUGUUAGAUGUUUCAUCUUUCACAUGCUGUAAUGAAAUAGGCAACUGGGAUUUGGGAAUUACAAGGACAGGCUAUUCUAGUUAUUAAACUGGCUUAAAAUGAGUCGUCAACAUGAGCCACCCUAAACACUGAUUUGUUAAUUUGUUCUGAACUAAAAUUAGGAUAUUCCUCAAGUCUGUCACUAGUCUCUGUAAGACAUUGUUGAAUUUACAGAGAUGUAAAGAAAAGAACCUGGUUACCAGAAGGCCUUUGGAUAUGCUCUAGGAACCAGAGUGUCUGCCAGACAUGAUUGAGAGAUGCUUAGAAUCAGUCUAUUCUUCAUAUUUACCUGAUUUGUGCUCAUUACACAAUAUUCUGGGAACUGUGGCUUCCUAGGUACACUGUUUAGAGACAAGAAUGUCCUCAUCAUCAGAUAUUCCUAAUUAUUGAUUCUAGUACCCUGAUUUAUAUAUCAGACUCUUGUUAACUGGUGAGUAUAGCACAGCAUAAGAAACUCAGAAGUUUCUCUGGCUGCAAAUUUAAGACCAUAGUUACCUUCACCCACCAGGUGUCAGAACUCUGUGAGGGGGAACUGGUUAGUCCAGCUCUUCAGAUACAACAAACAUGCAGGAUGAAAAAAAGUUCAACUACAGCACCCAAACACUGCUAUGUAUAUUAGUGUCUUAUGAGUGAUUAGCCAUUACCUGGUUCAAAAAUAAUUCACUCUUUUGCAUGGAAUUUCUCUUUCCAAUCAGCCACUAUAAACUCUUAGAGAUUAGCCUUUUCUUAAAUAGCAUUUCUAUUCAGAGGGAUUUAAACUUUUCCCUUCAUUUCUUAAAAAUUUAACAUGCCCUUAGUACAGCAAUAUAGAUCCAUACACAUACCACUUAUCCUUUUAUUAUUUCACUGUUUUAAAACUGUGUUACUUUUGAAUCUAGAAAAUGCUAGUCACAGCUUGCUUAAUCCAUUUUGGCAUCUAAUAAUUGCCCCCAUGUAGUCCUAGCUAUAUAUAUUAGCCUAUAAAGAUUUAAAAACAAUGAACUAGGGAGUGUUCCAAUCCAAGAUGGAAACAUAGGAAGAUCCUGAACUGGGCGCACCAAAUCUACACCUGUUUGUAGGGAACUCCUCUUGAAGAACUGAGGACUGACUGAACAGCUUCUGUACAAUAAAAGAUACACCACACGGAGAACAGCAAGAGAGACAGACAUGGUAAUCCACGGUACCCACCCCUGAUGCUGCAAACUGUAGCGGGGAGGAUAGUAAUGAGGUACCAGGAGCAGAUUCAUCUACCCUGGGCCACAGAAAAUAAAAGCCCUAGCUUAAAAGAGCAACUAGACUAUAAAGUAGCCCUUGAACCCUGCUAAACGGGAGGGGAGCUGCUGCAACUCUCUCUGGGUUGGAAGGUCUAAUAUGUGCCACAGUUUAUGUACCCUCCCACAACCUUGACAGCAUAGAUGGGAGCAGGGUCCAGGUGUCCUAACCAGCCUGCCACCUCAGUAGCCCUGACACCAGCCCCAGCUGUCCCACCAAGUCAGCCCCAUGGUGGUGCACACCAGGAAGCCCUGGUCGGCACUCACCAUAGCUCCACCUAUCUCACCACACUGAGGCAGGCACAAAGCACACUGGAACACUUCAGGCCUGCACCACUGUGGUUUCAGACAGCUUUUCAGCACUUCCCCAGUGAUGCCUUUUUUCAGCUCCAGCUGCCCUGCCAGGACACCCACACUUGAGCUUCCUUUCAGGGCACCCUCCAUACAGAACACCCUAGAGUGACCCCAGCCUAUGCCUAUUUCAGCUAUAAUUGUCCAAGUUGUCCCCUUUACAAAGCACCCAGUGACGUGCCCAGCCAGCAACCCACCUCAGCUCCAACUGCCCCCAUCAAAGUACCUUCUGCACAUCCCAGAACACCCCAGCUUACACCCACUUGGAUUUCAGCCAUCCUGUCAGGGUGCCCUCUGCACGGAGAACCCCAGGACUACCCAUGGCUUGCGCCCACUUCAGCAUUUGCUUUCCUGCCAGGGCACCCCAUGCCAAGAGCCUCAGGACCCACCCCCAGCCCACACCCACUUAAUCUACCACUCUUCUACCAGGGCAGCCCCAGCAGGGGGUACACUGCAACCCCCAUCCCAUGCCAGACAGCAAAAGUCACCAGAUACAUACAGUCUACACAGAGGACAACCACACAUAAAGACCAUUCCUUCAAGUUUAGGAGGAGUAGCUCUUCUGCCUAAUUCAUAGAAACAAACACAAAGUUAAGCAAAAUGAGACAGGGGAAUGUGCUCUAAAUGAAAGAACAAGACAAAACCUCAGAAAAAGAAAUUAAUGAAAUCAAGAUAAGCAAUAUGCUUGAAGAAUUUAAAGUAAUUGAUCAUAAAGAUGUUCACUGGACUACAGAUAAGAGUGGGAGAACUCCAUGAGAACUUUAACAAAGAACUGGAAAAUAAAAACCAGAGUUGAAGAAUACAACUGAAAUGAAAACUACAUUAGAGGGAAUCAAAAGUAGAUUAACGAUGCAGAAGAAUAAUCUGGAAGAUGGGGUAAUGGAAAGCAGCCAAACAGCAAAGAUAAAGAUUUAUUUAUUUUUUUCUUAAGUAAAAUCUACGCCCAGCGUGAGGCUUGAACUCACAACUCUUUGAUCGAGUCGCAUGUUCUACCUACUGAACUAGUCAGCUGUCCCCCUCCUGCCACCCGCCCCAAAUAAAGAAUUUUUAAAAAUGAGGAUAGGUUAAGGGAUCUGUUGACAACAUCUAGUGAGCAUUCAUAUUAUAAGGACCCCAGAAGGAGAGAAAGGGGUAGAAAUUUAUUUGAAGAAAUAAUAGCUGGAAACUUCCCAACCUAGGGAAAGAACUAGACAUCCAGAUUCAGGAAGCAUUUUAGA